AUGAGUGAACUGAAGACGUAUACCAUCGUGAUUAAACUGGGUUCGUCAUCGCUAGUUGAUGACAAGACCAUGGAGCCUAAAUUAUCUAUCAUGUCUCUUAUGGUAGAGACUGUAGUAAAAUUAAGGAGACAAGGCCACAGAGUUAUCAUCGUCUCGAGUGGUGGUAUCGCUAUUGGUUUGGGUACUCUUCAUCUGGGUAAGAGACCUAAGAAACUUGCUGCAGUUCAGGCUAUUGCUGCAGUUGGCCAAGGUAGAUUGAUCGGAAGAUGGGAUUUACUAUUUUCUCAACUAGGUCAAAGAAUUGCACAAAUUUUGUUGACUAGAACUGAUAUUCUAAAUUGGAAUCAAUUCACUAAUGCACAAAAUACCAUUAAUGAAUUAUUAGAUAUGGGUGUGGUUCCUAUUGUUAACGAGAACGACACACUUUCUAUCAGAGAAAUUAAAUUCGGUGAUAAUGACACUUUAUCUGCUAUUACUGCUGCUUUAGUUGGUGCUGAUUAUUUGUUUUUGUUGACUGAUGUUGACUGUCUAUAUACUGAUAAUCCAAGAACUAACCCAGAGGCCACUCCAAUCUUAAUGGUUCCUGAUUUGAGUGAAGGUCUACCAGGUGUAAACACUUCUAGUGGUGGUUCAGAUGUCGGUACUGGAGGUAUGGCAACAAAAUUGGUGGCUGCAGAUCUAGCAACAAAUGCAGGCGUGCAUACCAUUGUUAUGAAAAGUGACGUUCCAUCUAAUAUUAAUAAAGUCGUAGAUGAUUUACAAAGAUUAGAUCUGGAUAGCGAUCUUAACAAGAAGAAAUAUGCAAACAUUGACUCCCAAGAAUUGCAACGUUCCGAACUGGAGAGAUUAACUAAACAAGAAGUUCCUUUACAUACCACUUUCAUUUCCAAUGAUAACAAACAUCAUUUGAAGAAUAGAGAAUUCUGGAUCCUUCAUGGUCUUGUGACUCAAGGUGCAAUUAUUAUUGAUAGAGGUGCUUACAAUGCUUUAACCCGAAAGAAUAAAGCUGGUUUAUUACCAGCAGGUAUCAUUGAUGUCGAGGAUUCUUUCCAUGAACUUGAAUGUGUUGAGAUUAAAGUUGGUCAAAGAUUACCAAAUGGGGAUCUGGAUACAAAUGUCCCAUUAGAAAAUGUCGGUAGAGCGAGAUGUAAUUAUACCAGUAGUGAAAUAUCUCGUAUUAAAGGUUUACAAAGUCAAGAAAUUGAAAAAGUAUUAGGAUAUAGUGAAGGUGAGUACAUUGCUCAACGAGAAAACUUAGCAUUCCCACCAAAUCAAACCGAUUAA